AUGGCGGCGACAAGUAAAUCCACGCUCAGAGUCUGCUGCAUAUCGGCUACCAUCGUCGCCCUCGUCACUAUAUCAGUUUUAGUGACGCUGGCAUUGACCGUAUUCAAGCCACGAGACCCCGACGUCGUUUUGUAUCCCGUCGGCCUGGCCAAACUCCAGCUAAGCGAUUUCAUCACCAACGACAGCGUCACCAGCGACAUGGUGAUGAGCAUUCGCAACAAAAACUACGCCAGCUUCGAAUUCCAAAACGCCACGAGCCACAUCAAGUACGACGGCAAGCUCGUGGGCCGGGUUCCGAUCGUACAAGGCACCAUCCCGGCGAGAUCCACUUUCAACAUCACGGCUCCGGCCGUCUUGCGGGCGAAGAGGCUCAGGGAGAAUCCGAAUGCUAUUAAUGACAUCGUCGGCGGCAGCCUGAACCUUACUGCGACGGUGACGAUGCACGGGAAGGUGUCGAUGCUGAACCGGUUGAUAAAAAAGAAGGGGUCCGUUUAUACUGAAUGUCACAUGACGAUUUAUAUGAGUGAGGUCCCCAUUCGUGGCGAGUCUUGGUGCUGGGCAAAGCUCGAGAUGUGA